CAUGUUCACGUGAUUAGAGAAAAUGACGUGUUACUUACUUCCUAGUACACAUUUGACGAAUUUGAUAACAGCUAGUAACAACUGUUAUGUUUAAUUGUAUUUAAGGCCAUGGCUACUUCUUUUGAUAAUUGUGGUAUUUGUAAUGUACGACAUAUAUCGAAGCCAUCUGUUGUCUGGUGCUCUGAUUGCAAUGAAGGACUGUGUCAAGACUGUAGGGAAUAUCACAGCUUAUCUAAAGCAUCACAAAAUCACAACGUUGUUCCUAUUGCUGAAUACCAAACAUUGCCAUCCUUUAUUACAAACAUAAAAUUGCACUGCGAUCAGCACGAUGAGAAGUAUUCAUUGUUUUGCAAAGAGCAUAACGAAUGUGUUUGUAGAAAAUGUGUCAUUUCAGAAAAGCACAGGGAGUGUAAGGAAAUGUUCCCCGUUGAAGAUGUGAUUCAGAAUUCUAAGACAUCUGUAGCAUUUACAGAAAUUGAGUAUUCGCUCAAAGAAAUGAAGGAGAACAUCACUCUUAUUUUAGGAGACAGACAAAAAAAUAUAUCUUCAUUGUCAGCUGCGAAAAAUAAAAUAGAAUCCGAGAUUUUGGCAAUUCGACAACAGAUAAAUCACCACCUUGACAAAAUACAAGACCAUUUUAUCGUUGAACUAAACUCAGCAGUGGAAAAUUCAACCCAACAAAUUCAGAAUGUCCUUGCGUGUCUGCAGGAAAACCAAAGAGAAAUUGAGGAAUGCAUAGAAGACAUGAUAAUCAUAAAGAAACACGCGACCGAUCUGCAAACGUUUUUAGGAAUCAAGGAAUUAGAAAACAAACUGAAUGACACAGAAAUCAAAUUGCUGUCAGGGCGUAAUGGUGAACGUUUGGCUCAAACCGUAGUUUCUUACCAGUUAAACAGCGUAUUACAAAAUAUCAAUGACGAAAUAAAUACGUUUGGAAAAACUGUCGUUGAUAUCCGAACAUGUGAACUUUCAUUACAAAGAAGGAAAGAUGGUCAGGCUCAGUUGAUGAAAGGAAAUAUCGGACCUAAAUGUUCUAUUGAGCAUAUAACACUGAAAUUAAAAACAAAAAUAAAUACAACAGCAUCAAAUGUGUCAGGCUGCUGUAUUUUACCUUGUGGUAAAUUUGUCGUGUCAAACUUUUAUCCUUCGUAUUUGAAAUUGUUUUCACCUGAUGGGGAAAUUGAAAAAAAAAUUACUAACAUCAUGCCCAAAAUUUAUGAUGUUGCAUGUAUCGACAAUGACGUUGUUGCUGUAAUAUCGGCUACUGCUAAAAAUAUUAAACUUGUCAAUUUGAAAUCAGAGAAAACAUUCAGAACUAUUCAAAUGAAUUAUCCUUGCUAUGGAAUCACUUACUCUGAAGGCAACUUUAUAGUUUGUCCCAAAAGUGGACAGUUACAGGAAAUCAGACUGGAGGAUAACAAGACAACUGAUAUUGGCAGUGAUAUGGUUUCAGAAUAUAUCGCUGCAUUAGGCAAUACACUUUAUUCUAAAAAUAAAGAAACAGGUGCCAUUGUCAUUCACCAUAAAGACGGGGAUUUACUGUGGACAUUUUCAGACGAUAAGGCUCUUUUGGAGCCAAGAUGUAUCACAGUGGAUGAUCAUGGAAAUGUUUUCGUCGUCGGAAAAGAAUCAAAUAAUAUUAUUGCAAUAGCCUCUGAUGGCGAAAAGCACAAAAUACUCCUGUCAGAAACAGACUUAUGUGGUGUUCCCUGGGCAAUUGACUACAAUAAUGAAUUAAAAUAUUUGCUUGUAGCAAACGAAACAGAUGGCCACGCAUAUUUGUACAUUGUUAACCACGGGUAAACAAUAUUCUCACCUGAUAAACUGUUUGUAACCUUAAAGAAAAUAUUUGACAUGAAUAACUUGUCAUAUUUUAUUCCUAUUAUAUGGAACUAACCAAUAUCUUUUAUUACUGUUUAGUGUAUGAUGAUGUCAUAUUUAUAGAAAUUUGUUCCAACCCUAUUCCAAAUAGAAAUUGUCUGUUCACACUUAUGUAUAUUGUCUUUGUAACAUUGGUCCUAAAACAAGAUAAUUGACAGCACGAUUCAAGGAUUCGAGAUUAGGGCUGGAUGGCAAACUUAAAAUAAUUUGAAAAGGUGUUGAAUGACAAAAGAUAAAUUUUCCGAAUGUAGGUGGUACGUCCCCCGAUUCAGCGCAAGAGGAAUUUCUGUUAAGCAGUGAUUGCUUGCGAUCGAACGCAAUUAUACUUGCACUCUCUAAAAUAAUACACUUUAAAAAUGUAAACUUAUUGGAGUGAUUCACCAAGAACUACAUGCAUUGACUAAUUAAUAUCACCAAUUUUUUUCAACUUAAAUGUUCUCACGCAACCCAUUCGGUAACCUUUAGAGUUAGUUAUUUCUAUUGGAUUUCACACUGUAAUAUUGUCAUGACAAUGCAAUAUAGCGGUUUGAUGACAAGUAGAAGUAUGCUUAAAUGAAACCAAUAUAAUAAAUGCUCAGCUAUCGGCUGUACUUUCUUCGUUGUUUGCAUCCGAGUCAAAACAGAAAGCGUCUUUAAAUUUCCUUUUCUGUUUAAAAAGUUGGGCCUCGAUGGCCGACUGGUCUACUGUAUCCCAAGUCUGUCAACACUAAAGUUGUGAGUUCGAACUCGCACGUAGCGUGUGCAUUCGUCGCUAAUCUUAAUUGACUGAGAUUGUCAGUUUUCCAUGCAAAGGUCGUUAUUCUCUCCGGGUAUUCCAGCUUUGUCAAUCAAUAAAAUCUUACCGCCACAAUAUAGCCAAUAGUGUUGAAAGUGGCGUUCAACACCAAAAAAAUAAAUCAAUCAAUCACAAAUUGGUACUUAUCUUUAAAUUGACCUUGAUCACAACCAUUUCAACCAAUCAUUAAGGUUAUUAUUGUGACUAGAACACAGGUUUACAUAGCAAACUAUUUUGAAUGUUACAUUUGCAUGAUAUUCAUAAUACAUAUUGUGAACAGUUGUUGUAAACAUAUAUCUUUUCAUAUUGUCCUGGUAAUUCUUUUUUAUAAUAAAAAAAAUCGGGA